GCUGAACCAUCCAAGCGUGGAGUUUCUCGAGAUUUUGGGUUAAAAGACUUGAAAUUAGCCAAGUAAAAUAUGCCGUAUCUACUUAUUUCUACAAAAAUAAGACUGGAGGACGGUCCAACGAUAUGCGGAGACGAAAAAAGUGAUCCUUGGAUCAUGGAAAAACUGGGAGCAAAGCUUGUGCAACAGUUUGGGAGCAACUUCAAGGAAUACAUGGUAGAUGACCCUCCUCUAAUAGUCUUAAAUAAGCUAGAGGAAAUUGGAUACACAGUCAUUUCUUCAACUGGUGUCGGUCAGACGAUUAUUUGGACCCUUCAUAAGGCCCAAUGAAAAAGCCUUUUUUAGCCACACAAAGGUGCAUCUAAUGACUGGAAAUGCAAAAUUUGGUUGACAAUUUCUCCCAUAUACAUUGUUUAACGUAAUGUUUUUUAAUUGGUUGUAAAAACUCUAAUAAAACUGGAAAGGUAAAAAA